AUGGCCAAUCAUCUUAGACCUUUGUUUAUAACAGCAAAUUUUGGAGGUGUUCCUAUUCCCAAAGUCAUGGUAGAUGGGGGUGCAGCCAUUAAUCUUCUGCCUCAUAGAAUGCUGAGCAAAAUGGGCAGAACAGAGAAGGACUUGAUCCCAACACGCUUAACCGUCACCAACUUUGCAGGGGGCAUCACCCAAACUCAUAGGAUCCUAGAUGUGGAUGUCAUAGUUGGAAGCAAAGAGCUGAAGAUUGCAUUCUUUGUGAUAGACACCACUUCCACCACCUAUAAUGCACUACGCAGGGACUGGAUUCACCAGAGUUUGUGUGUUCCCUCCACUCUUCACCAGCAAUUAGCUCUGUGGAACGAAGAAGGUUACAUGGAGAUAGUAGAGGCCGAUCCAAGGCCAUUUUUGCCUUCUGCCAUGUGUUUUGAGGCAAGGUAUUACCAUGAUGACCUUGGUCCUUUCACUUUCCUUGGAGUCAACCAGAACGGUCGUCCCCAUGUUGUCACGGCCCAAAGGCUCAUUGAAGAUGGUCUAGCUAGUUCCUUAGAAGACUGGAAUAGACCUUUUGUUCUAAACCUCCAGAACUUUGAUGUUUAG